AUGGCUCACAGGUGGCUGCUGCUGCUGCUUCCAGUCCGGAGUGGUGCCUAUGAGGGUUCCUGCGCGGGAAAGUGUGGCUCCUGGGGCUCGGACUGCUGGUGCAACGACCAGUGCGAGGCUCGUGGCAAUUGCUGCGACGACUACGCCCAGCAGUGUGGGCAGCCGUCGUGCGAAAAAUGUCACAGAUACACCUGCGACGAGUGGAUCCAGUGGGAUGAAAGGAACACCUGCGAGUCCUUGAAGAAGGAGUGGGGCUGCAAAUGCAGCGGCUGCAAAUGCGCUGCCUCUUCCGGCGCUUCGUUGGUGAAGCUCCAACAGUCAGUCCAUCCGGAAGCCAAAUGCCUGGACGGCAGCAUGGCGGGCUACUAUCUGCGCAGAGGCAGCGAGGCAUCCCACUUCCUCAUCUUUUUGGAGGGCGGCGGCUGGUGCUACGACCAGAACUGCGAGGCGCCCACAGCUGACGGCACCCUGGAGGACUGCAGACAAAGGUCUACCGGAAAGCUCGGCUCCAGCCGGUCCUGGGCAGCAACCAAGCCGGACCACCGUCUGUCCGGAAUGCUCAGCGCAGAUGCCAGCGCGAACCCGGUCUUUCACAACUGGACCUUGGUCUACGUGCCCUACUGUGAUGGCGCCAGCUUUACCGGGGACUCGGAGGUGGAUGGUUUGCAUUUCAAGGGGCAGCAGAUCCUCAACGCCGUCAUCACAGAGCUCGAAACCAAGGAGCGUCUGUUGGAGGCCCGGAAGGUGGUGCUCAGCGGCGGCAGCGCGGGGGCCAGCGCGGUGCUCUUCCACGCGGACGCGCUGCGGGAGCGUUUGCAGGGAGUCUGCGUGGCAACGGAGCGACGGCGCAUGACGGAGAACUGCAGGCAAGAUAUGGAGGUCCUCGCCCUGGCGGAUGCCGGCUUCUUCUUGGAUCUGCCGGAUAUCAAGGGCAUCCGCUGUUGGCCCAACCAGAUCAUCAGCCUCUUCAACGUGAGCCGGGGGUACUCGGGCUUGCACUCGGACUGCCUGGAGCGGUUUAAGUCUGAGCCCUGGCGGUGUCUCUUCCCCCAGUACUACGCCGACCUCAUCUCCACCAGGACCUUCCUGGCCAACAGCUUGUAUGACUCCUCAGAGCUGCAGUACACCUUGCGCCUGGACUGCAGCCCCGAUGGGCGCUACCAACGCAGCUGCGAUGCCCAGGAGAUGGCGCGCUUCGAGGAGCUGCGCUCGGCGCACGCCGCGGCCUGGCGGCCCUUGGCGAAGCGCCCGGGCAAUGGCCUCUGGGCCGUCGCCUGCGUGGACCAUACCUUGACCUGGGGCCGCUGGACUGAUCCUCACUGGCAGGUGCCGGAGGACGGCGCCGGACUUGCGGAGGCGGUGCAGCAAUGGCUAGGCGGCCAGUCAGUCCAUUUCGAGGACUCGGUUCCUUGGCCGAUGAACAGGCCCUGCUCCGGGGCCGAAGGGACCGGAGCCCGGCGCUCGCUCACCGGGCGCCCCAGCCCAGAGCUUCCGGCGCCGCAGGCGGCUUCCUAUGACCCGACCCACUUGUUGCUGGGGGCCGGCGCUGCAGCGUGCGGCCUCGGCGUCUUGUGCCUGUUGCAACGGCGCAAGCCGAGCGCAAGGUCACCGGACGGCCUGGAGAUGGAGAUCCGCUGUCAGAGCUCGGAGAUCGACACCCGCCGAAUGGCGGUGGUUCCAAGUCGGAAGUCGGUGAUUCCAAAGCUGGGGCCCACGCUGCUGGGGGUGAAAGGCAGCGGGAUGCCAAUCCACCAGGACCCCUUCAACUUCGGCAACCUCUUCCUCGCCAUCUGCAUCCGCUUUCCCGAGGGGGCGGAAAGCGCUGCGCUGGCUCAGUUGCUGGGAGAGUCGGAGUCGGAAGAGCAGGAGGACUGCGAGGAGGUCUUCUGCGAGGCCAUGGACCCACUUCUGUCGGCCAAGCAGUCCAAGAAGGUGACCACUCAGGAUUCCACUAAGCACUUCUGA